AUGAUAGAUGUGGAGGCAAAGAUAGAAGGACAGAAAGUGUAUAUCACUUUUUUGUAUGGAGAUCCGGUGAUAGAAUACCGUGAGAAUGUUUGGGAACGUCUAAUGAGGAUGAGUAUAAACAGAACAGGAGCUUGGCUGAUCAUGGGAGACUUCAACGAGAUUACCAACAAUGGGGAAAAGAAAGGAGGACGAAAGAGAUCUGAUGCAUCUUUUUUACCUUUUAAAAAUAUGUUGACAUGUUGUGGUAUGAUUGAUUUUCCUUUUGUUGGUAGUUCCCUGUCCUGGGCAGGUCGGACGAGAGCAGGGAGAGUACAAUGCCGUCUUGACCGUGGAGUUGGAAAUGAAGAUUGGCACCAACUGUUUUCCCACACGUAUGUGGAGUAUUUGAUGCGCUGGGGUUCUGAUCAUAGACCCAUACUUGCGAGAUUCCAGUCGAGAGAGAACAGGCACAGGAAGGGUUUUAAAUUUGAUAAACGGUGGAUAGGAAAAGCUGGCUUUAAACAAGCAGUUCUAGGAGCCUGGGAUGCAGCAAAUCUCGAUAUAGACGCCUCCCUGUGCGACAAGAUCAAGGAGAGCCGAACAGCCAUCUCCCGGUGGAAGAGGAGUAAUGUCACAAAUAAUGCAAAGCUCAUCGAAAAUCUCAAGAAGGAACUGGACAGAGUACAGGCAGACGACACUAUAUCAAGUGAGGAAGAGCUGGAACUUAAAUGGAAGUUAUGUGCUGCCUAUAGAGAUGAGGAGCUCUACUGGAAACAAAAAAGCCGAGCUCUCUGGUUACGAGCAGGAGACAGGAAUACUAAAUAUUUCCACGCCAAGACGAAACAACGCCGAGCUCGUAACAGAAUCACACGACUAAAAGAUUCGAUGGGCCAGUGGGUAGAAUCCGAGGAAGGUAUUGAGAUGGUGGCGACGGAAUACUUCGACCAACUUUUCUCCUCGUCUAACCCGACUAAUAUUGAAGAUUCACUCCGGUAUGUUACCGCGACAGUUAGCAAUGAUAUUAAUCAGCAACUCUUAAGAAUCCCUCAAGAUGAGGAGAUAAGGGAAGCGACUUUCACUAUAAACCCAGAGAAAGCACCAGGCCCAGAUGGGAUGACGAGUUUUUUCUACCACCGCUUCUGGAACAAAAUCGGACAUGACGUAUGCAGCAUGGUCCGGAACUUCUUCGAGACAGGAGAACUAGACGAACGCCUAAACCAGACAAACAUCUGUCUUAUUCCGAAGACAGACAGGCCGGCGACCAUGGCAGAGUUUAGACCGAUCAGCUUGUGCAAUGUAGGAUACAAGAUCAUCUCGAAAAUCAUAUCCACGAGAUUGAAACGUAUCCUUCCGGAACUGAUUUCCGAGACUCAAUCAGCUUUUGUGGCAAAAAGGUUGAUCACAGAUAAUAUCUUGGUUGCACAAGAGAUGUUUCAUGCCCUCCGAACGAAUCCUAGCUGUAACGGAAAAUAUAUAGCUGUUAAAACAGAUAUGAGUAAAGCUUACGAUAGAGUGGAAUGGAGUUUCAUGGAGGCCUUACUUCUGAAACUAGGUUUCGAGCAGCAAUGGGUCGCGAGAGUUAUGAAAUGUAUAACAUCAGUAUCAUAUCAAGUACUGAUAAAUGGUGAAGCAAAAGGGAAUAUUAUACCCUCGCGAGGACUACGGCAAGGCGACCCGCUCUCGCCCUUCCUAUUUAUCCUUUGCACCGAAGUUUUGAUCUCACACAUAAAGAAUGCUGAAGCUACAGCAGCUUUAACCGGUAUUAAGAUUGCACGAGAAUGCCCCCCGGUCUCACAUCUCUUAUUCGCGGACGAUAGUUUGUUCUUCUGUCGAGCAGACGCACCUCAAUGCGAGGAACUGAUGCGAAUAAUUGACGUUUACGGUAAAGCCUCAGGACAACAACUGAAUAAAUCCAAAUCUUCAGUUCUGUUCGGUUCUCAGGUCGUAACGUCCUCAAAAAUUGAUCUGAAAAGAUCUCUAGGGAUUAUGAAGGAAGGGGGCAUGGGAAUGUAUCUAGGAAUGCCAGAAAAGAUCUGUGGCUCAAAGACUCAAGUGUUCGCGUUUGUCCAAGAAAGAAUGAAUGGAAGGAUCAACAACUGGUCCGGGAAGCUGUUAUCACGAGGAGGGAAAGAGGUACAAAUCAAAUCGGUGGCACAAGAAAUCAAAUCGGUGGCACAAGCGAUCCCCUCCUUCGUCAUGUCUUGUUAUCUCGUUCCCCAGGGAGUAUGUAAGAAGCUUUCCGCCGCAGUGGCGAGAUUCUGGUGGAGUACAAGAGAUAACAAUCGCGGGAUCCACUGGAUAGCCUGGGAUAAAAUAUGUGUUCCACUGGAGAAAGGAGGCCUGGGUUUUAUAGACUUCAGAGAUUUUAACCUAGCCUUGCUGGCGAAACAGGUGUGGCGCCUUCUGGUGUUCCCGAACUCUCUCCUGGCACGCGUCCUCAAAGGGAGAUAUUAUCGUCACUCGAACCCUCUGCGAACGGGUAAGGCCUCUUCCCCGUCGUAUGGAUGGAGAAGCUUGAUGGCGGCAAAACAGGUUCUCGAAGAUAACAUAUGCAGAACAAUCGGGACAGGGGCGGAAACUAAAGUGUGGGAAGAUUCUUGGAUCCCCGGAGAAGUAGCAAGACCGGCGAAAAGUGUACAUGCAGUUGUUGAUACAGAGCUAAGAGUCCAUCAUCUCAUAAACUUCGAAACAAAAGAAUGGGAUGAGGGUUUCAUCUCAGAGGUGAUUCAAGCUGAGGACAUUCCGCGUAUCAUGGCAAUCAAGAUAAGUAAAACAGGGAGAACAGAUGGGUACUGCUGGAAACAUACGAAGUCCGGACAUUAUACGGUGAGAUCAGGUUACGAUAUUGCAGUCGAACAGAGGAGAAACCAAAGUUUUAACCCGCUAGUCGAACCAAGCAUAACACCGUUGAAGAAAAAGGUCUGGAAACUAAAAACGGCAAGAAAGAUCAAACACUUCCUUUGGCAGGCCCUCUCGGGCUGUGUGUCUUUGGCAAGCAAGCUGGUCGAAAGGCAUUGUGGGACAGAUACUACCUGUCAACGAUGUGGAGCUGAGAUCGAAAAUAUAAAUCAUAUACUUUUUGAAUGUCCACCUGCCUUUCAAUGCUGGAUUCUCUCGUCGAUUCCAACACCUCCGGGGCUUUUCCCGAGUACUUCCUUAUAUGCGAAUUUUGAAUAUCUACUGCAACAGGUGGCUCCAGCAGAAAGAGAGAAUGGCUUCUCAAUGUUUCCUUGGCUGAUUUGGUACGUGUGGAAGGCAAGGAACGAGAAGUGCUUCAAUGCAAAAGAUAUUUCUCCUCUCGAUACCCUUCAACUGGCGCAACAAGAAGCUGAAACAUGGAAGGUAGCACAGCUAGGAGAAGAUAUAACAGAAGAAGACGAAUCAUCAACACAAAUAUACCAAUCCCUACCAUCAUCACAUACUAGAACGGAUCGUCGGUACACUUGUCAAGUAGAUGGCUUGUGGGCAGCGAGUGAUGAAUGGAUGGGGAUGGGAUUCGUAAUUUUGGAGGCGGAGGAAGAGAUCCUUCAAGGAGAAAGUUGUACACACAGAGUUCAGUCACUUAUUCAGGCCGAAGCGGAGGGUAUCAUCUGGGAAAUGAAAGAAGCUCGAGCGAGAGAUCUCGAUGAUAUCAAUUUCGCCUCAGACUGUCAACAACUGGUGAACCUAGUGAACAAAGACGAAGUAUGGCCGGGCCUAUCAACAAAGUUGGAUGAAAUUAAAUACUUGCUUUCUAAGUUUCAGAGUGUUGUUUUAACAUUUUUACCGCGUUCUUGUAACAUCCGUGCGGACUCCUUGGCUAAAGGAGGACGUUCACGUGCAUACUGCUCUGCGGUUGUAAACUCACUGGUCCCCUUCUUGCCUGCUCUAGAAGCUCGCCACGAAGAACUAGAAUGA